ACCCCAACUAUUUCCUAUUCAUACUUAAUUCUCUCAACCUCAAGAAAAUCAGCAAUGACAAAACAAUACCAAGCUCUCUUUCUACUUUUCUCCGUCCCCUUCCUCUUCUCAUCGGAACUCACAGCUGCCAAAGUCAGCCCGGCCGGAACUUCUGCAAAAGCACUAAGCUUCAUUCAAUCCUCUUGCAAAUCCACAACGUACCAAUCCCUGUGCGUUGAAACUCUCUCGGUCUACGCCAAUACGAUCAACACAAGCCCUCGACGCAUCGUGGAUACAGCUAUCGCCGUGAGUCUUAACCAAGCGCUGUCCACGAAGCUCUUCCUCUCACACCUGACGAAAAGCCAGUUCCGAACCCUUGCGGACUGCCAACCAACAGCCGAUGUGUUCACUACAGAUUGCACGUGUUCUGUCCAAGAACUCCAAGAGGUGGUGCGUUGUACAACUUGGACCGAAUGCUUGUUUCACGUAAACAAUGCUGAAGUCUGUGCCAUUUCGGCUGAGAGUUAUAGCGUCGAGAAUAGUUGUUCCAGCCCCUUCGCGGGUCCGGUAAAGAUGUCAGUCCGGGGCCGGAUCUCUGAUGCGGUAAGAAAGUCACUCCAUGCCCGGUUCGCUAAGUUGCACCAUGAAAUAAACAAUGCCAAAAUGUUGUUCAAAGCCUUUCGUAAGAAUUAG